UUGUGUGGCUGCAGCUAUGUGACGGAGAGUAUGCGCAUAAAUAUCGCGAUAUCGACAUUGGUGUACGUGAAUGUCGAUUACGCGGAGAAAGGUAAAGAAGCCGAGGACAGUAUUUCGGAUACACUCCCCAAGUGUAGGAAUUAUUUGAGCAGUUUGGGUCAUUGGGUUAUGGCUUAUAUUGUUAAAUAGUACGAUACAGCGCGCAUCCGUGUUUGACAAUAAUCUUCUCGUCCCGUAUCUUACGAAAGCAAAGGCAACAAUGGCAGCAAAUUUUAAGGGCUCGCGACUACGUGUGCGGUUUGUCUCCUUGUUGGUAAACUCAAGAACUAAGUGCGUGCUUUUCAGUGAACAUGAAUCGUGAUCUUAGUUUUCCUCCCUCAGCGGGUACUGCAGCCCGAUCUCGAGCUGUCUUUAUUUAUUCUCAUUGUUUCUCUUGAAAACAGACAGACUCUCGCAGAAAAUUUUGUUAACUUGCCAUUAUUAAAAAGGAAUGGCAGCAGCUUUAAAGAAAAAUCAAUCUCGAAGAAGGUUAGCUGCAUUUACAUUUCUCUCCAAUAUUUCACUAGAUGGAAGUCAUAGAGAUACUCGAUUGGUAUUACUGCCUCGUAAUGGAAUAUUAAAUUCUCAACUUUGCGAAGUUCAGACUGAAUUGUCAAAACAAAAUCGAUCCAAUAUAAAAACUCCUUGGGAUGAUAUUUUAGAUGGUUCGUGCGAUGAAACUAUAGACCAAUGUGAAAGGCAAAAUGAUUCACCUCAACCCAUAACAAAUCAAAUACCAGAUCAUUCGUUUAGUUCGGAUUCAGAGACAACUGUAACUCCAGCCAGAGCUGGGGCUUCUAUUUUAUCAGAACAAGAACAUAAUUGUCCUCAGCUACUAUCGUCUUAUCAUAGUUCUUUCAGAGAACGUGCGGGAACAGCUGGUAGUGAGUAUUCUUUAGUUGAGAGACGAGUUGGAUCUCUACAUUAUAAGCGAAGAAUUACACAUCAAACUUCAACUUUAUCCGAAGAUAUUAAAAACCAAUAUAAUAGUAGUAAUGAGAGUAUAGGAUCAUUACGAUCCAAAUCUAUAUCACAGUCGGCAAAGGCAAAAGUAAAAACAUUGAAUAACGUACAAUCAGGAUGUAUGAAUAAUGGAAUUAUACCAGAAAUUGCAAAGGAAUUGCGUUUUAUGAAAAAACCAAUCAAUGGUCAUAAAUUAACCGAGGACCGAGUUAUUUUAGUGUCCUCAAAGAAAGUACCAUUUUUGGUAUUUUCUUCACUUCCUUAUAGCAAAGGACAACGCACUAGCUGGUCCGAAUUACGCAAAGAUGCAGGACGGAGAAAAAAUACAAUCACAUCAAGACCUUUAUCCGCUAUUAAUGACAAUUUAGAUCCAUUUGGUUUAUUAGGAAUUGAACGAGCUCAAGAUGGUCAGCAAAUAUCUUAUGGCAAAUUACUUGUACCGUCUAGACAAUUCCAAAAGGAACGAAAAAUGCACUUAAGUGAUAGCGAGACAGUUGAAUUAAUGCACGCUGCUACUAAUAGUAAUCAUCACGUGGUGUCAAGGACAAAAACCAUAACAUGGAACAUGGAUCAUACUAAGUGGUGUUUGUCAUAUGACAUGACAACUAAUCGUAUGCAACAUGUUGCCGAUUCUCCACCUGUGGUAUUAGCAACCGAUUCUAAAGCUCACGAAUGGGACGAUCAAAUUCAAUAUAAUCCAAAUUUAUUGGAUGAUCCAGAGCUAAUUGCUGGUAAACAUAGAACUUUACUUACAUUCACAUCAUACAUGACAUCCGUUAUCGAUUAUGUUCGACCUUCUGAUUUAAAGAAAGAACUGAAUGAUAAAUUUCAAGAGAAAUUUCCACAUGUUCAACUCACACUUAGUAAAUUACGGAGCUUAAAACGAGAAAUGAGGAAAAUUGCUAAAAUGGAGUCUGGAGUUGAUUUAUUAACCGUAGCAAUGGCAUAUGUAUACUUUGAAAAAUUAAUUUUACGAAACGUUGUGACAAAACAAACACGAAAAUUAUGUGCUGGCGCUUGUCUUCUGCUUGCUGCCAAGCUAAACGAUGUUAAAGGCCAAGUACUAAAAUCACUUAUCGAGAGGACAGAAAAUGUAUUAAGAUUAAAUCGUAAGGAUCUCUUAACGUCAGAAUUUGCUGUUCUUGUGGCACUUGAAUUUGGUUUACAUCUUCCAACGUGGGAAAUUUUUCCCCACUAUCAACGUUUGAUUUAUGAAUCUUGACCUACAGAAUGUUCAAUAUAAAAUACAAGUACCUGCCUUGACACUUAGUAUCCAUAAUUAUAGGCUGAAAAU